UACUUUUCUUCUCUCUCUCUCAACACACACCAAACUAGAUUCAGUUUCUCUGUUUUUCUUUCAUCGCUAUGGAGAUCCAAACAGUUGAACAAGAGAUUGAAAUCCUCAGAGAAAUUACUACAGAGACAGAGAGGAUCAAGAAGACAUGUGGAGAGAUCCCUUGUGGAUUUUAUGGAGCUGAGUACACUGAGGAUCUGUCAAUGUCCAAGAAGAAGCUAUCUACUGUCAUAAUCCUAUGCUUAAUCUUUAUGAGCAUUGAGAUAGUUGGCGGCAUCAAAUCGCAUAGCCUUGCAGUUCUAACAGGAUGUGGCACAUCAAUUCUCAGAUGUUGUUUGCUUCGCCAUCUCCUUGUUUUCCCUAUACGCUUCAAAGUGGGAAGCAACACCGAGAAGAAGCUUCGGAUACUUCAGAAUCGAGAUUCUUGCCAAUCUUGCUUACUUGGGCUCUUAAUGUGUGGAUUGUGUGUGAAGCAAUCAUAAGGCUCUGCCAGAAGAACAGAGAAAUCAAAGGAUCUCUAAUGU